UACAGUAAUUUUUUGGCAUCCGCCAACCCCUCAUAAAGUCCCAUAAAUCAACGCACACAGGUGAUUUUGCUGCUGCCCAUUGUUUUAAUUGUGAAAAAGUAAAAAAGCCGACAUUUGUCAACAAAAAAAUAAAGGACUCGGCGCAUUGCUGCAUAGCGUAAGGCGUUAUGGCUUCUUCGUCCAAUCCAAGUCUGAGUGGAUCCAACAUAGGAGCCAAUAACGACAAAAACACAAAUAUUUCCGGAUCGGGAAAAUCCUCAGCCAGCAACAAUAAAAUGACUGUGGCAUCUAUUCAGAAGGCCUUCCAUGACAUUAUUAUAGAUCCUACAAGUUUAGAUGAGGCUGCACUAUAUUUAUAUCAAUCACUGCUUGACGAUGCUGUGGUGGGUGUGUUCCUGGAAGUACAUCAUUUACAUAAGACUGGUAAUCUAGAAGCACUCGAUGGUGUUCCCGAAGAAGGUACGGAUGCAUCCUAUCGCAUCGUCGAUAUGCCAAACUAUGACAUUUUCGGCAUUUCAUCAGUUAAGAAACUAAUGGAUUGCACUUGUCCCAACUGUGAUAGGCCAGUGUCAGCGUCCCGCUUUGCGCCACACUUGGAGAAAUGCAUGGGCAUGGGACGUAAUUCGUCACGUAUUGCCAGUCGGCGUUUAGCUACUAAGGAGGGUACAAGCGCCAGUUCCUCAUCAUCGUCAUCGUAUCUGCAGACUACUGUUGGAACGGAUGACGAGGACGAUAUUGACUGGUCAUCGGAGAAACGCCGAAAGAAGACUAAUCAGAGUAACCGAAACAAUGGUUCUAAGAAAAAUAAUGGCAAAUCAUUCUAGACGUUGGGGAUAAACUGUAAGAGUAUACAAUUUACCAUUUCAUCUCGCAUUCAUUCUAAGUGCAGUAGAAAUUUUGAUUUACAUUAGUAUAUGCACUGAAUAUUGAUUCCCUGGUGGUUAUGAGCGCAUGUACGUUCUAUGUAACCAUGUAUAAAUGCAACCUGAAGUAAAACCUGCGCUAAAAGAUUCCAUUUAUAGUGUA